AUGCAGAGGUGGGAAGAGAAGCUUAAGAUGUCUCACUUAGCUGAAAUGGUGUUUGGAGAGAAUGCGUUAGUACUUAAACACUUAGGCAGCAACACUAAGAUUCAUUUUAACGGGUUUGAUGCACUUGCGGGUUGGAAGCAAGAAGGACUUACACCUGUUGAGGUUCCUGCUGCCGCAAAAUGGAAGUUCAGGAGCAAGCCGUCCCAGCAGGUGAUACUGGAUUAUGAUUACACUUUUACUACGCCUUACUGUGGUAGCGGAGUUGUUGAGAAAGAUCAAGAAACGGUAGUUUUGUAUGAAGAUGAACUGGCUGCCAAUGGAGUGUCACUUCUGACUGUGAAAGUGGCGAGAUUGACCACAGAGCUCAAGGAUAAAGUCGCUCACGUUGGUGCCAGUCUUGUCAAUGAAUGUGCAAGUGAUGAAUAUGGAUUAUAG